AAAGAGAAAUGAAAUAAAUUAAAAAAAGAAAGGUACCCCGCCUAAACCCCAAAAAGAUUCCGUGUCACUAUCGUGUGAGCCCUUAACAUCUCCCCACCACCACCAUCACCAUUCUACCAUUCUCCCCUUCUCUCUCCUCUAUCUUCCUCAACCUCCACUUUCUCUCUCCUCCUCCAUUGUCGUUUUAGAGAGAGAAAGCUUCAUCUCCACUUUUUACUCGUACCAGAGAACAAUCAUCAACUUGCUCAUUUCUCAGAUCUGCUCUUUUCAAUGGCGUCUACUAAAGAACGUGAGAACUUCGUCUACAUCGCCAAGCUUGCUGAGCAAGCUGAACGCUACGAUGAAAUGGUGGAAGCGAUGAAGAAUCUUGCGAAGCUUGAUGUUGAGUUGACUGUAGAAGAGAGGAAUUUACUUUCAGUAGGAUAUAAGAAUGUUGUUGGAGCUCGGAGAGCUUCGUGGCGGAUACUGUCGUCGAUCGAGCAGAAGGAAGAGGGCAAAGGGAAUGAACAGAAUGUGAAGAGAAUCAAGGAAUAUAGGCAGAAGGUGGAAUUAGAGCUUACAAACAUUUGUAGUGAUAUUAUGACUGUUAUCAAUGAACAUCUCAUUCCUUCCGCAACUGCUGGCGAAUCUACCGUCUUUUAUUAUAAGAUGAAAGGUGAUUACUAUAGGUAUCUUGCUGAGUUCAAGUUUGGUAAUGAGAGGAAAGAGGCUUCUGAUCAGUCUAUGAAAGCAUAUGAGAGUGCCACCACAACAGCUGAGGCUGAGCUACCUCCUACCCACCCUAUACGCUUGGGAUUGGCUCUCAAUUUCUCAGUAUUUUAUUAUGAGAUUAUGAAUUCUCCUGAAAGGGCCUGCCACCUUGCCAAGCAAGCUUUUGACGAAGCUAUCUCAGAACUUGACUCUCUGAAUGAGGAUUCAUACAAGGAUAGUACCCUAAUCAUGCAGCUCCUUAGAGACAAUCUCACCUUGUGGACUUCUGACAUCCCCGAAGAAGGAGAAGACUUCCUCCAAAAGGGAGAUAAUGCAAAAUCACAUGCUGGUGAAGAUGCAGAGUGAAGAGCAUUGGCAUGAACCUUGGGCUCGUGGUGUUUUAGUUAAGAAGUAGAGAAGAUGAUUUGGAUCUUUCUUUUCUUUUGCUUUUUGUAACAUGGCGUUGUGCCAUGUGGGCUAUUAGAGGCUUUGAUGCACACAAAAAUAUGAUACUCCCAUUUGUGUCUCCUUGCUUCUCUUGACAGCCCUGGAAGAUAAGGUUUGAGGCGUGGCUGAUGAUGCCAUGAAUCAGUUUCGACCAUUUGAUGUCUUUUAAGAUUGAUAGUAGUUCUUUUUUUCUCCUCCCUCCCAAACGAUAUUCUCUAUUCCCAUACUUCUUUGUAUGUGUAUCAGACCUCUUAACUUCAUUAUGGCUGCUCUUAAGGUUAUUGAGUAAUAUUUUUCGAGGCCUUGUGUUGGUUUUA